CCGGGGAGUCCCGACCCGAAGUUGCUGUUCGGCCGUGGCAGUUCCGGAGCCUCCCGCCUGCGGCCCGCGGAACCCCCGAGGCCUGGGUGAGCUCCUGACUUCCUUCCUGAGGGCGCAUGGCAUCAUUCUCAGGUGGUGUAAAGGUUUCAGAGCUGCUGAUUCUGAGGGGUGCAGAAGGGGCUUCCUCCUGGCUCCCACUUUCUUCUCUCAGAAUUGGCUUCUGGAGACUUCUCCCAUCCUAAGGGGAAACUGCCCAGAAAGAGGACAUGGCUACUGAACCGAGGGAAGCAAGGUCUCAGCUGUCAGUGACAUUCGAAGAUGUGGCUGUGCUCUUUAUGCGGGAUGAGUGGAGAAAGCUGACUCCUUCACAGAGAAACUUGUACCAAGAUGUGAUGCUGGAGAACUAUAGCAACUUGGUGUCAUUGGGACUCCUAUUUUCCAAACCUGAGGUGAUCUCUCUGUUGCAGCAAGGAGAAGAUCCCUGGAAGGUAGAGAAAGAAAGCCCUGGAGGCUCCUCUGUAGGAUGUAAGAGCAGUCCUAAAACCACAAAGUCAACUCAAACUCAAGACUCAUCAUUUUGGGGGCCAGUAAGGAAAAGACUCAAAAAAAAUGAACCCUGGAACUUCAUAUCAGAAAAACCCUGCUUAUAUGAAGACAGAAUAAAGAAACAGAAGGACAAAAAUGAAAGUUUACAAAUAAUUUCAGUCACCCAUACAAAGAUCCUCACUGUAGAAAGAAGCCAUAAAAAUAAUGACUUUGGCCAGAAUUUCAGCCUGAAAUCAGCGUUUGUUAAGCAACAGAAGAUUGCUAGAGAAAAAACACCCUCAAAAUAUGAAAUACAAAGAACUAGCUUCAGGCAGGAUUCAAAUUUACUUAACCAACCAAAAAUCAAGACAGUAGAGAAACGCUAUAAAUGUAACAUUUGUGAAAAAGCCUUCAUUCACAAUUCAUCCCUUCGUAAACAUCAGAAAAAUCAUACUGGAGAGAAAUUAUUUAAAUGUAAAGAAUGUUUGAAAGCUUUCAGCCAAAGUUCAGCUCUUAUUCAACAUCAAAGAACUCAUACUGGAGAGAAACCCUAUAUUUGUAAAGAAUGUGGAAAAGCCUUCAGCCAUAGUGCAUCCCUUUGUAAACACCUAAGAACCCAUACUGUGGAAAAAUCCUACAGAUGUAAAGAAUGUGGUAAAUCCUUCAGCAGAAGGUCUACCCUUUUUAUACAUCAAAAAAUCCAUGCUCGAGAAAAUCCCCACAAAUAUAACCCAGGAAGGAAGGCAUCCAGUUGUAGCACAUCCCCUUCUGGAUGUCAGAGAAUUCAUCUCAGAAAGAAGUCCUAUUUAUGUAAUGAAUGUGGCAACACCUUUAAGUCUAGUUCAUCUCUUCGUUAUCAUCAGAGAAUUCACACAGGAGAGAAACCUUUUAAAUGUAGUGAAUGUGGGAGAGCCUUCAGUCAGAGUGCAUCUCUUAUUCAACAUGAAAGAAUUCACACUGGAGAAAAGCCUUAUAGAUGUAAUGAAUGUGGAAAAGGUUUCACUUCUAUUUCACGACUUAAUAGACACCGAAUAAUUCAUACUGGAGAGAAACUGUAUAAUUGUAAUGAAUGUGGUAAAGCCUUAAGUUCCCACUCAACACUCAUUAUUCAUGAGCGAAUUCAUACUGGAGAGAAACCAUGUAAGUGUAAAGUGUGUGGGAAAGCCUUCAGACAAAGUUCAGCUCUCAUUCAACAUCAGAGAAUGCAUACUGGAGAAAGACCCUAUAAAUGUAAUGAGUGUGAGAAAACAUUCAGGUGUAACUCAUCCCUUAGUAAUCACCAGAGAAUUCAUACAGGAGAGAAACCAUAUCAAUGUCUGGAAUGUGGGAUAUCCUUUGGCCAAAGUGCAGCUCUUAUACAACAUCAAAGAAUUCAUACAGGAGAAAAACCCUUUGCAUGUAAUACAUGUGGGAAAACUUUUAGGCAGAGCUCAUCACUUAUUGCGCAUCAAAGAAUUCAUACUGGAGAGAAACCCUAUGAAUGUAAUGCAUGUGGAAAACUCUUCAGCCAGAGGUCGUCCCUUACUAACCAUUAUAAAAUUCACAUUGAAGAGAACUCCUUCAAAGUGGAUUUGCAUGUGUGAAAUCCUUAAACCAAAGCUUAUUAGAAUACAGUUGGCCCUGCUUAUCUCUGGGUUCCACAUCCAUUGAUUCAAAUAACUGCAAAUUUUAAAUAUUCAGAAAAAAAAUUCCAGUAAGUUCCAAAAAGCAAAAUUUAAAUUUACCACACACCGGCAACUAUUUUCAUAGCAUUUGCAUUGUAUUAGGUAUUACAAGUAAUUUAGAGAUGAUUUAAAGUAUAUGAGAGGAUGUGCAUAGGUUAUAUGCAAAUCCUACACUAUUUUAUAUAAGGGACUUGAUCAUCCUAAGAUUUUGGUAUCUGUGGGGGGGUCCUGGAAAUAGUCCCCCAUGGAUACUGAGGGACAACUGUAUACAUACUUGAGAAUGAUUUAGUAAAUGUAAUGAAUAUGAUAAAACUUCUAUUUUAAUUUAGUCCUCACAGUUAUUAAAGUCUAAGGAUAAACCUUGACUGUGUAAUAAAUAUGUGGGACACUUUCAUACCUGUCAGUCACUUUUUAAAAUAUCCUGAGACAAAUAAAUCACAAAAUAUUGAUUUUGGCCAUUUGUAAGAUAAAAGGUAAGGUUUUUCUCUUUAUACAGCAUUAUACACUUUAUUCAACAUAUAAACAGAAAAAUCUGGGUGCAGGGGUGCUGGAUUUCUCAUUAGAAACCAACUGUAUAAGAUAAUAGCAUAUUUAUUACAACUAACAUUUUAAUAGCAAACAAAAUCUUAAAAUAUAUUCAUUUAUAGAGCCAAGGACCAAAUAAUAGAUAAAAAUAAACUGCAAACUACCUCAGUCUGGAACUUGCCUUUUCCUAAAGUGUUGUCAAACUUUGUACAUGGUUUUCAUCAAAAAAGAGGCAAAACAAAAACAAAAAAACCCCUCUGUUCUCUUCCUCCUUUAUUUUUCUAGUUACUUCCAAACUAUACCUGUUUCCCAAAUUUUUUAUGCAAUUUCUAAUUUUGUUUUCAGAAUUAUUUUUCUU